AUGCCGACACCAUCACAAUCUGUGGCGAAAAGUUCUUCAGUAUUAGACGGGACAAACCUCACAGACCAUAAAAAUAUUGAUGAGACUAAUAAUGAUUCGAAAGGAAACAAUCAAAGCUUUGUAACUGCGGAUUCUGCUGUGCAGAGUGUGGGAUCUUCAACAUCAAUGUUUUCUAAUAUAAAACUUACACCUAUAACGAACAUUCAGAAUUUAGGGCAUCAUAACAAAGAGGAAUUAACUCGGACAUUACGCAAGGCAAGAAAAGGGGAGACUUUUUUACCAGAAGGACUAAAGUUUCCCGAUCAAUUUGACGCUUCUAAAGUCAGCACAGCUGAUUCUAAUAAGUCUGGGAUUUUUCCACAGGCGUCAUCGAGUCCUAAACAUGAUAGUACCUCAGGUGUAAGUCGCUCUUUCUUUAAUUCACAGCCUGGUUUAAGGGCAUCCAGAACAAAAAAUGGUACUCUAAAUCCAAUUAAAGGUGCUUACAAUCUUUUUGAUCGGAAACUAAACUUUGAUGGAAGUCCAAGCCGUAAAAGAAAGCGUGUGUUGACCCCAGAAUUUGAACAACCGGUUGAAAAUGUUACGAUGAGCGAACUUGAAGGCAGAUUGAUUAAAAGUGAUAGGGUUGAAGGGCUUAAAGGGUCAAACUUAACAACUGGGCACGUAUUUAUGCCCAGAAUUGAAUCCGGAAACACAAGCCUGAAUGAGAUGUCAAUGCAUAGUAAUUAUUUCUCUGCUAACAGCACGAAAGAGAAGUCUGAAAGUCAUCAUGAUGAGGUCGAAAGCCAGGGUAUUAUAAGGAGUCUACUAGGUGACCCACAAUGCAUUACUAAUUUGACAUUAAUAAUACAAAUAGUGAUGAAUACUGUGGUUGUCGCAUGCCUAAUUGCAAUCGUCAUAAUCUGCUUCAUGUCUGUGAAGAGGGAUGUUGACCGGAAGGUUCAAACAUAUGUUAUAGAAAUGGUUCACAAAAUAAAUUCUUGUCGUAGAGAGUACCUCCGGAAUAAUUGUGCACCAGAAAUGCGUGCACCAGCUUUGGAGAGCUCAUGCACUGAAUGGGAGAACUGUAUGAAUGAAGAUCCGGAGUCAGUUGUCACUUCAGUUGCUUAUUUUGAAGUUAUGGCAGACUGCAUGAACGCAUUUUUUCAUAAUCUAAGCCUCAGGACUCUAUGCAGUAUGGCUGGCCUUUUAUUUUUCAUUGUGAUAGUUCCAAAUAUGAUAUUUAACAAGUUUAGAUCAACAACCACAACGAAUAAUAAUACUUACUAUAACAUCACACGUGAACAAUCCACCACAGACUCUCCAAUGAAGGUGUAUGGGGGUAAUGGACGGAUAUUGGAUACGUCUGUUAUGAGUACACCAUCCCCCCAAAAAUUGUUGGACAACACGUUGAACAACAGCACAGUAUACUUUACACCAAUUCAAGCAGAUGAGACAAGUUUUUCAAAAGGCAAAGGUUCAAGUGUGCGAUUUAAUCCAAAAGUAGACUACAGCUUUUAUGAUGGUGAUUCUAGCCCAUGUCCUCCAAGGAUACGCCGGCGGAACAACAAGUAUUAA